UUUCAUCAACCUACAACCAUGUCCCGUGUUGGUCGGCUGUAGGGUGGCAGCACGAUACACAACGAUACACAGGCUACAAAUUGUUCAUAACUGACUACAGUCUGCAAUGCAAGCACCACAGGCUGCAGUAAACGCUGCUCAUCGCUGAUGACGAUUCCUCUAAGACGUCCAUUUUCCAAGAUGAGUGCUCACUGUUUUUAUAUCAUCAUAGCUGGGUAAUAGCUAAUAAUGUUUUAUAGCUGAUUCAGGUAGGGAAAAGUAUUUACACCUAAAGGUUUUUCGCACUGUUGGGGGGUUGGAGGGUGGAGAGUUGGAGGAAUAUGGAGAGUGGAGAAUGGGAAGGGGUUUGGGGAGGUGCAGGAGUAGGGUCGAUCCUCCGUGAUGAUAAGAAAUGGGAAUUGUUUUGAUGGCUGUAGUAGAGUUUGGAAUAACUUUUUCCUUUAGAAGAAAAGAAAACAAUUCUACAACACACGUUUCUGUUAAAAAGGAUGACAGAGCAGAAGAAACUGCAAACUUUGAUAAUGCGUGUUAUAGAAACGAACGACACUUCCUACAAAGGACUAAUAGAGUUUGUACAAGCUGCUUUGAACACUGGAACUGGGUUGUGGCCAAAGCACUUGUCGCAUGCUUUGCUAUCGUCCCAAUAAAAGCCUUCAACUAAUCCCUCAUGAAUCUUCUUAUGUGGAAAUAUCAGCGACAAGAUCACUAGUCGUGGGUGUUUUUUCUAGACGCUUUGCUGGUGCAAGGAGCAGACAUUGCCAGUCUGGAUAAAGACGGAAGAGAAAUCCCGUUUCAAGGUUGCAAGAAACUGAGUGCUCGCAAGGAUGCUUCAGACUCCCUCAUUUAUCAAUUGCUGUAUAAUGGAGCGAAUCCUUUUCUUUUUAUUGUCGAAGGAAAGUCACUGCUCAGAGAUGUUUUAGACCCCAAAGACCACGCAUGUUUAACAUUCCUCAAACUCUUCACUCCACUUGGCCUGUAUACCUGUUUACCACAAUUAAAUCACUUGGAAAGUAUUCAAGCAUCAACAUAUUCUCCAAACGGAGAAAACAUUUAAAUGCUCUACGUCAGGACGUUUGAAUGCUUCACGUAAGGACCUAUGAAUGGUCCAGAUAAAGACGUAUUACGCUCCACGUAAAGACGUAGGUAUACUCUCUUCUCGUUAUCUGGUAGAAACAUAACACGCUGUCUGUGUGUGUGUCUCUCUCUCAUACACACAAUGUAAGAGGGUCAACCUAAGUCUGUUGCUCGCCAGUCACUGGUAGCUUCCUGUUAUUAUUUUACAGGUUCAUCUGCUUGGUAUCUAUGGCUUACUGGCUUACUUAAUGUGGACAAAAAUGAAGGUAUAGUGAAAAGUCCUUGCCUGUCACGUUUCAAAAUAUAGAAUUGUUUAAUUAUACAAAAAUUGUUAUUGUAUGUGUCUGUCGAAAUCAAACUUCCUUAUGCAAAGGAAAUAAAGCUAGAAUUUCAAUUCUAUGAAGGGAAAAUCCUGUAAAUGAGUGAAUCUGACACCCAGGUAAUCUUUCCCCUGGACCGUGACCAAGGCACGCAGGCAGAUGUCACAUUGCUUACACAGAGGGACCUCUCCUGGAGCUUGCUUGUUUCAAAUAUGCAACUGUCUCUUAGUUUUGAAGAUGCCAGAUUUAGCGCUGAUGCCAGCUGUAGACAGCUUGCAAUCUGUAGUAAUUGAACACAAGUUCCUCUUAACACCAGAAACAAUAAAUGCCUAGUUUUUUUCCACACAAAUACUUUUAUUAUAGUGUGUGCACGCGUUGUCAACACAACGUGCGUGGCUGUACAGUUACAGUCGCACCUGUCUGGCCAGCUGUCUGUCUCACUUGCACCAGGAUCUCCAGUUAAGUGAAAAUAAAUUAUCCAAAUUUCUUCCUGAAUGCCACUGAAGGGUAUGAAGUGUAAAUAAACUCCGAUAAAAAUCAAAAAUAGAGUCACUGGGGUGAGGGUGGAGGACUGAGUUACCUCCCUGUAUCAGACAUACUCUUACCUGUACAACCAAUCACGUUUUGAAAUUUAUAAACACUUUCGUGUCUAGGAAGUACAUGUAAACUGUCACGAAGCACCCAUCCCCCAAUCAAAUCCGUUCCAUGCUUGGAGAUAAUCUGUGGCACCAUAUCAGUGAUGACCUGCUUGCUGGGUCCUUGACAACAGACAGUCCAGUGCUGCGUGUGGCCAGGUAAAGACUUUACAGGCUUAUAAACAUGUCUCCUUGAUAGAAACACAAGAGAUUUCAGUUAAUGAGAGCACAAGGAAAUAAGAGCAGCCGUUGAUAGUGGAAACUGGGUCGUCGUCAGAGACCUGCUGUGUGACGAGGAUGUGGACGUGGCUGACGUCGAGCGAUGUCUCGUCCUCCACAAGCUGGCUUCCACCUCUGCUAUGGCUUUCCUCCUCCGACAUCGUCCCCUCGCUUGUAGAAGACUUCGUGGACGGAAUCUUGUCACGUGACGUGGACAAAUAAACGACCUUGACAGUUAGGGAUUCCACCUUUUUCAACCCGAAGACUCACAGUCGCAAAAGGCUUAGACCUCGACCUUAACUGUCCAAACAUUGGAAUGGCACUACACAUACCUGUGAAAGAGCAAAAGUGGAAUUUCGCUAAACGACUGGUGGAGCUUGGGGCAGAUGUCAACGAAGUUGAUGUCAAUGGACUCAGUGUCCUCCAUGUCAUUGUUACACAGAAAAUAGAUGAUGGAAAAGAUGAUUGCACUGCGUUUAUUAAUCUUUUAUUAACGAAGGGUGUAAAUUUGACUGCACGCACUCCUGGAGGUGACUCAGUUUUUCAUUUAGCUGCCAGACAUGACAACUGGGAGAUAAUAGAGCAGAUACUUACUCAGGUGACAGAUGGAAUAGAACAUGUCGACGAACCAGACAGCGAAGGGUUUACUAUUCUUCACAGGUUGGCCAUAAAGAAGAAUAGAGGUGGGCGCAAUACUUUGCUUCUUCAGUUUCUUCUCGAUAAUGGCGCAAAAUGCGACACCUUGUGUCCCUCAGGUGACAGUGCCAUGCACCUGGCUGUGAAACAUGGAAAUUGGGGUAUAUUACAUGUACUGCUGUGUUAUCACAUUGGAAUACAAUCAGUCUCAACUUCUACAAAUAAACAGUGGUUAAGCCCAUGCAUAACCGUCAACCAGUCUGACGAAAAACCUGGUGGCAAUUUAAAUAUCAAAGACACGUUUGGAAACACAGUCUUACAUCUUUGUGCCAAAGCAGAGGCAUGGCAGCAGGUUAAUACAUUACUCAAGUGUGGCGCAGACGCCAGUUUAACAGACGAUGAAGGUGACACGGUCUUGAACCGCCUGUUUAAAGCAAGAAACGUUUACACAGCAGAGACAGAAGAAUUCUUUGACACCAUAAUACAGAUUGUGGCCAGAAACAAGAAUGUGAUAGUCUUUGACAAGUUAUUAGACCACCUGGACGACUUGGACAUGACAGACAGCGAUGGUCUGACAAUUCUACACAGAGUUGUGCAGUGUAUGUCAUCUUGGUCUUUGGACAUUGUGAGGACUCUGAUUCAGAGAAAGGUAGAUAUAAAAAUACCUGAUCCGAAGGGUGACACAGCCCUUCAUUUUGCAGCUCAGUGUGGUAGAUGGGAUAUCGUGGGAGAGUUGCUAGAGAAUGGGGUCAGGGCUGACAACACCGACAGUCAAGGAGUGUCGGUUUUACACAGACUGUUAAGUUCUUUGUGCCCAAGACUUUGUCAGAACGGCACGUACAAUUCUAACAAAACAAACCUGUCUCUUGUUAAAUUAAUGGUUAUCAGUGGUCUUGACACGUAUACCAAAGAUGAAUACAGCAACACAGUAAUACAACUACUCGCAUUGGAUGAGAGAGAAUGGGAAGUGAUACUGUUCUUUUUCGAAAGUGAAGCCGAGAAGAUCUCUCAGUUGCUUGAAAAAGAAAGGGAGAUCGGUUUUUCACGAACUAGCUGUGGACACUAGUGUAGAUGUGAAAAAGCGAGGUCACUUUCUCAACACCUGCUGGAAAAUGACUUUGAUCUUAACAAAUGUGAACCACAAGGUGAGACGCCAUUAAACCUGGCAGCUAACUAUGACAACUGGACAGUUGUUCAGGUGUUUCUAGAGCAUGGUGCUGAUGCUAACAUACCUGACAGCGAGGGAUGGUAUGUGUGUCACAGGCUCUGUUUAAGCAAGAAAGACAUGUAUUUUCCUGGAAUUUUGUCGUUGCUUAAAAGCAAUGGUUUUGUAGUAAACCAGAGAAGACGAGACGGAAAAAGCUGUGUACAACUGUCGAUAGAAUGUAGGAGGCUUGAGAUAUUUUGGUGGCUAGUAGAGCACGAAGUAGCGUAUUGCUUUGAUUUCAACGAAAAGAAAGUAAUCUUAGAAAAUAUGCAUUUGUUUAUAAAUGAAAAUACAGACCAGAAUAAACUGAGAACUUUGAUAAUGAGUAUCACUGAUAAAGACACUUCAUGCCAAGAGAUUACGAAGUUUAUUAAUACAGCUCUGGAAACAAGCGUCUCAUGUAGCAAAUGGCUUGUGGCCAAAACACUUGUCGAAUGUGGUGCAAAAGUAGAACAUUUAGAGCCUCAACCUCUGAUGCAUUUUCUUAUUUCGAAGUAUAAGAAAAGUGAUCACGAGACGUGGCUGUCUUUUCUAGACGUUUUGCUGGCGCGAGGAGCAGAUAUUAACUGUCGAGAUAAAGCUGGAAGAACGCUUCUCUUUCAAAGAUGGAAUGAUUUGAUUGCUUGGUAUGACGAGGAUAGCUCAGGCUCCCUCCUUCACGCGCUGGUCGACAGAGGCGCCAAUCUUCUUCUUGCAGAUGCUGACGGGAUGUCGCUGCUGAAGUAUGCUUUGGAUCUUGAGGAACAUCUGGCUUUAACAUCCGUCACAUUCCUCAUAUACCUUGGCGUGUCCACCUAUCAGCCGGCCUUGACAAACUCUGUAUCAACACGAUCUCCUUCGCAGCAGGCUUUUGAAAAGAAGUUUGUUAAGGCCUUCGAGAUGUUAGUUAAGUCAGGCGCCAGUUCCAACGGGGAAUUAUUUUAUCUCAAUACACGAUAUCAGGCGGAGCUUUCCUCCAGAGACAAGACUACAGCCGAGACACAGAUGCUGGACAUUGUGAACCACGCCGCCAGUCACCCUCGGUCUCUCAAGUCUUUGUGUCGCCUGACUGUCUCUCACGCUCUUGGUUACGGCCCUCACAGGAUGGAGAGGGUUGAGUCCCUUCCACUUCCUGCUGCACUUUAUGAUUAUGUCCUAUUCUCUGAUUUACUCCAAAUUACCAGAUUCAAUAGAAGAAACUGAAAAUCUGAAUUUUCAGGAGACAGAAUGUCAUUCUUCUCAGACGGCUGUGAUAACUGGUAUUAGGUAUUGUUUUAUAUUUAAAUAUUUUAAAUCGGCGAUAUCAUAGAGCAAUGUUUUAUCGCUCGCACGUCUUUAGGGCAGAGUUGUCUAUAUGACUGUGAUGCCGAGAACUGUUUUGAAUUUGUAUUUGUUCUUUUGUUGAAAUGCUUGCCUAUGUGUUUGAUCAUCAUCGUAUUUGUCGUCGUCGUAUGGCGGCGUGAGCUUGUCCAUACGGUAGGGGCAUGGUUCUAUUUAUAUAAGUAAACCUUUUAAUAAUAAUAUUUUGUCAAUUCCUGAAAUACUGAACGCUUACUGAAUUUUUGGCAUAGAUGUUAAGAAAUGCAGGUUUUUUGGCUAUUAUAUUUUCUUCACUGGUAGAUUAGUUUAUACUCUGCAAACUUCACUCAGCCAAGUAUUAUUUUUAUCGUAGAAGUAUUCACUUUAUCUGCUUGUAGAUUGCUGAAGUAUAUCCGUGUAAAUGUAAAGUUUUAUGAUGCUAUCUGAUCAUUUCGUAUUUCAAUGAAUAUAUUCGCGAUUACUCUUUUUAACAAAUAGAAAUAAAAAAUCAGAUACUCUUUUGCACGAAGAUUUAUAUUACUGAUAUAGGCUUGAAAGAGUUAGUGAUGAGCAUUGCUCUUGGAAACGGAUCAGGAGGUUGUAAGAUUUGGAUUAACGAGGAGAUUAAACUGAUUUUUAGAUAAAGAAUAACACAACUGGUUUGACAUGAAGGCAUGUGUGCUGUAAAAUAUCACGAAGCUGUUAACAUCUAGACAGAUUCCAUGGUAGGAGGGUCAGACCGAUCAGUCAUGUCUUAAAUAACAGUCAGAAAAGGUCGUGUGAAAUUAAUGUAAGCAGGUGAGUCUGUUUAUUUGACAUCAACUGAAUAUAUUGCAUAAAGCAUCAAUAAUUCUUAGCCUAAAUAUUAAUUUACAUAAAAGUAACAUUGUUGCUUUAACAAAAGGGGAAUUUUUAGCAGUGAAUGAGAGAUGAUUAUAUGGAAGUAGUCAAAUAAAUGUGAUAAUACUUAAAUAUUUAGGCCUUUGUUUCUUCACUAGGCUACGUUUUUCUCAUGGGUCUGAAGAGCUAACUGCUAAAACAAAGAAAGCGAUAUUUUUCAUUAUUAACACAUUAUAUAGGAUCGGCAAUCAUUUUCUAGAUGUUUUUACCAAGUUGUUUGAUAUAAAGUCUGACCAAUCUUAGUUUAACAUGACAUUCUUGCUAUUUCUUUAAUGGAUUACUGGUUAAAGAAAAUGAUUUACUUGUUAAUACAAUUUCACCAUGUAACUUUUCUUUUUACUGCCUGUAUGUUUGUAUCCGGGUGCAUGCAUGAUGCUUGAUACAAUAAGUGCUUAUAAAUUAUUAGGAGACUUUCUAGUUAUAUUGGAUAAACAUAUCAGGUGUUGAUAAAUAGGCAAAAGUACUGCUUGUACAUGAACUUUAAUACUUUAAUACUUGCUGCUCGAAGCCGAUUAAACAGUUUUCCUUGUUGUGCACUGUUCUAAGGGAGACAACUAUUUUCUUAAAGUUUUUCAUGUUGUUGCCUCCCAUGAAA